AUGGGUCAGAGCAAUUCAAAGACUCGCGAUGUUUCCAAUAAUCAAUUUGGGAAUAAUGUCACAAUCACUCAAGGCGAUGUCCAUAACCAUGCAUCGGAUCAAGAAAACCAGUGCCUGAAGGAUUUGCGUUCGACCGAUCCCCGCGAUGAUAAACUGCGCAUCCAAAACACAAAGGGCGGCCUUCUAAUAGACUCGUACCGUUGGAUUCUCGAGAACAAGAAUUUUAAAGAUUGGCGCGAUAAUGCGCAAAACAGAAUCCUUUGGAUUAAAGGCGAUCCAGGGAAGGGAAAGACGAUGCUGCUCUGUGGCAUAAUUGAUGAGUUGACGCCAACGACGAAACUAGCGAAGCCGACGGAACCAACUACGAAUACUGUACUCUUGUCCUACUUCUUCUGUCAAGGCACCGACGCACGAAUCAAUAACGCAACCGCUGUACUACGUGGUCUCAUUUAUCUCCUCGUAGUUCAGGAACCUUCGCUUAUGUCUCAUGUUCAGGCAAGAUACAAGCAUGCAGGCAAAGAUCUUUUCUCAGAUGCAAAUGCCUGGGUAGCCCUAUCUGAGAUACUUAUAGCUAUCCUGCAAGACUCAAAAGCGAAGGAAGUAAUCCUAGUCAUUGAUGCGCUUGAUGAGUGCGAGACAGAUUUGCCGAUGCUCUUAGAGGCCAUAGUGCAGCAACUCGCCCCCUUACAUGUCAAGUGUAUUCUAUCUAGCAGGAACGUAAUUGGCAUUCAGCAGCGACUUGAAUCAUACAUACCUCAGGGCAUCCUUAGCCUCGAGUUGAAGGAAAAUGCAUCCUGUGUAUCCGAAGCCGUGGAUGCCUAUAUAAAUCACAGCGUUUCACGCCUAAAUUCGGUACGGAAUGACCAAGGCCGCCAAGAUGAGCUACGAAACAAAAUACAAGAAAAAGCUCAAGGCACGUUUCUAUGGGCAUCUCUGGUGAUGAAAAAAAUUGAAGAAGUUCAGGUCUGGGAAAUAAUGAAAGUAGUUGAAAAGAUGCCAAUGGGCUUGACAGCGCUCUACAAAAGAAUGAUAGACCAUAUCCACAGUUUGGAGGAAGAAAAUGGACAUCUUUGCAGAAAUAUGCUCUCAACAAUAUUUACAGCAUACUUUCCACUCAGCUUGGCUGAAUUGGGAGUUCUCGCUGGCCUGCCGGAUCAGAUUUCUGGGAUCUCCGAGUCGAUUAAAACGCUAGUAACAAUGUGUGGUUCGUUUGUCACGCUGAACGAAGGUUAUGUCUAUUUUAUCCACCAGUCCGCAAAAGACUAUUUGGCCAAAGAGAUGUAUUCGACUGACGCCGCUCAAAGACAUUUGGAUGUCUUUGAGCGAUCAGUCGCAGCUAUAUCAAAGCUACCCAAAAAUAUUUACGGCCUCACAGACUUUGGACCUAGGCCGGAAAAUGCGCAGCCACCCGAUCCGAAUCCUCUAGCUUCAAUGAGAUACUCAUGCUUUUAUUGGGCCAAUCAUCUUUGCGACACAUGCGCCGCAAACACCAAGAAUGAGGCUCAAGUAAUCAUCACUGAGACGUUGGAGCCCUUUUUGGAGAGCUAUUUCCUUCGUUGGAUAGAGAGUCUAUCUCUGUUCGACGGACUUCCAGAAGGUUUGCGUUUCAUACGAAAACUUCUCCUAGAGCUACCACAUGGUGAAAAUACUCAGUUUGCGAGAUUUCUAAGUACUAUAGAAUCUUUUAUUCUUCGCAAUGGGGCGCUCAUUGCCAAAUCACCGCUCCAGGUAUACGGUUCAGCCCUUAUAUUCAGCCCAUUGCAUGAUCACGCAAAAUCCAUACCUUGGAAUGAGAGACUAUCUUUCAUAGAGGAUAUCCAAGGCAUUAGAAAAAGUGCCUUUUUGCAGAUGCUCAAGAGCCACACUGGUAUUGUUCGGAAUCUCGCAUUUUCACGCAAUAGUGCGAUGCUGGCGUCAAAGGCUCUGAAUGGAGAUCUACGUUGUUGGGAUGUUGCAACAGGUGCGCUCAAAUGUAUAAUUCCAUGUUAUGAUGUUGGUCAAUCAGCCAUUGCGUUUUCGCCAGAUAACAGAAUGCUGCUGCUUGCUACCGAAGGAGAUCCAAUGGAAGAAAGGAACAUUGAACUGCUCCACGAACAACUCGAGAAAGAAGGGGCAAAGGGAUUCGAUCACCUCGGCUAUUGGAUAACGUAUAUUACAUUAUCGCUAGAUGAUGGGAUGCCGGAGGCAAGCCAUUCCAGCCGUAUAGUACGGUUGGAGAAGCCCGCGCUAAGUUAUCAAGACUACGAAGACAUCAUUGUUUUCGCAUUCUCAUCAGAUUGUAAGACACUAGCAUCAGGAUGGAGAUAUGGCUCGAUCAACCUAUGGGAUACCACAACAGGCCUACUUCGGCAGACAAUUCAAGGCCAUGAAGACAGAAUAGAAGCUAUUGCAGUUUCACCAGAUGGUAGCAAAAUAGCAUCAGGAUGUGCGAGCAAAUUACGACUAUGGGAUGCAGCAACGGGCGACCUUCUCAAAGAGUUUGAGUGGCUUGGGGGAAAUAUUGAAUUUUUCCAAGAUGGUUUAAGAUUCCAAAGUGGAAGGCAUUUAUAUGAUUUAACGACGGGGAUUGUUAUGCAAACUUCCAUGAUAAUUGACGAAACGAUAAUAGCGAUCUCACCAGACAAUAAGAUACUGGCGUCGGCAAGUUACAAAGAAGUACAGCUAUGGGACGCAACAAUGAGCAUACAAGAGAAGGAUAAAUCCGAUGAGUUUGGAGUACAUGAUGUAUUCGCGCUCUCACUCGAUGGCAACACGGUGGCAUACGCAAAAGCCAACACGAUACAGAUAUGGGAUACUGCAACAGGGGAAUGCCGGCGAAUAAUUGAGGACUAUUGGCCAGAUAUUAUCGCCCAGCAAGAGGUUACAAUUUUGCCAAAUGCCAAGAAAAACGACCGUCGCUUCGAGUAUACCGCCAUUGAGUUCGCAGCGGAUGCUAAGAUCUUGGCAUUGGGAUCCGCGAGUUGUCUAAAGACCAUGGAAUAUCUGCCAUUAGACCCGCCGUCUCAAAUACAGUUAUGGGAUUUAGUGGCCGGGGAAUGUACCUACCGGAAAACCCUACGCCGCGGGUUAACAAAGGUGAGAAAGCUUGCAUUUUCACCAGAUGGCAACAGGCUAGCGGUGGGAUUCGAUGCUCAAAGAUUGAUGCUGUUGGACAUAGCAGCAGACAUGUGCCUGUGGGAGGCAGUACCCCACGUCUAUCCAGGACCCAAAUCCUUUGCCUUCUUCCCAAAUGACAACAUGCUGGCAUCGGCACAUCCUGUCUACAGAAGGGACCAGGCCCACAACCAUGAAAUAGAGUUAUGGGAUAUAGCAACGGGAAAGCAUCUGCAGAACUUCAAGGCGAAUGUUCCAGAAGGGGAGACUUGUAGCUCUCCCGUGUUUCUGCCAGAUGGCCGAUUUUUCCACAUGGAUCGUUGGGGAAAGAUGAGGUUGUUCCAGGCAGAUGAAAAGCCUUUGAGCCCAGACGCAAACCUCUCAAACGGCCUGCAAGUCCAACGUAUUCCAUUCAACGAGGGUUGGAUAAAGAAAGAUGGAAGAAGCCUUUUUUUUAUUCCUGAAGACCACAGAGCUUUUAAUACAUUCGUCUGUGGCAAUACGAUUGUACUUGGGCAUAGGUCUGGAUUAACCUUCAUAUGGUUGAAUCUAUAA